UCUCUCAUUUAUUAUUUACGGCUAAAGCUGCAAAUUCGUGAAUUUCGUCAUGUCGAAAUUGUCGAAAUUAUUUUUCUAUUUCGUCAUUUGCAUUUUGGUCAAUUUUAAUAAUAGAAUAAUUUCGUCAUGUCAAAAUGUCAAAAUGUCAAAAUUAUCUUUACCAUUUCGGCAAUGAUCUUUUUAUUUUUGGCAAGCAACUUUAUUUACGGCUUUAACAAUGUCAAUGAGUGAUAUUGAAUCUAUGUCCAGUGAUAGCUCUAAUAGUGAUCUUUUACUGAAGAAUUUCUUAAAUGACAGCGACUUAAGUGAUAAUGAAGUCUGCUUUAUUAAUACUGCGGAAACAAAUACAAAUUUAACAUUAGAAGUUGGCUUAAGAAUUAGACCAGCCUAAGAAUAUGAAUAACCUAUCAAAAUUUGAUCAGGAAAAUGUUAGAAAUCUCGUGAUAAGACAUCCAAAGGGAAGACCGCCAGGUAAUACCAGAUUUAAAAGACCUUUAGAAAUUUCAAAUGACUCUAAUAAAAUCACUAAUGGGCGGAAUCAAAAUAAGUGUAGUUAUUGUAGUAAUAAAAGACAUAAUCAUACUACUUGUUCAUCAAAUCCUGUCAAAAGAAAAAAAGAAUGACAAACAAAAAUUCUAAUUGGUAGUUAUUAUGAGUUGGUUAGCGUUGACUUAGGGUUAGGCGUUGGCUUAGGGUUAGGCGUUGCUUAGAGUUAGAUUAGGGAGUUGGUUUAGGGUUAAGAGUUGCAUUGUCUAAAAUUGAUGUGCGGAAUGCUCGCUUCGAGCAUGGUAAUUAAUUUGCGCACAAUAUAAUUUUGUUUAUGGUUAGGAGUUGC